AUGCAGGCCAAGAAGCGGUACCUGCUUGUGUCUGUGGGGGCCGGUCUUCUCUUCCUCGUCUACCUGUGGGGUCUGCAAAUCGGGGAGUUCCAGCAGCAGCCGUACCAAUAUCACCAGUUUCCCCAGUACCCCCAGUACCACCAGCCGGAUUACCAGUACUACCACCAGAGCCAGGAGGUGUACCAGCCCCUGCCCCAGAGGAGCCCCUCCAGACCCCCAAGGCACUGGCCGGAGUCCACCCAGCUGCUGGAGCCGUACCUGGAGGGAGGAGAGCAGGAGGAGGACAGCCCUCAGGUCCAACACCAGCACACGUCGCCUCGUGAACGCCGAGCGAUCCGAGACAACAUCUACAGGAACAAGCGCUGCCGCAUGGAAACCUGCUUCGACUUCGCUCGCUGCCAGACGGGCUUCAGGGUUUACAUCUACCCUCCACAGAGAGGUGACGAGAUCUCCGAGACCUACCAGAAGAUCCUGUCGUCCAUCGAGGAGUCUCGCUUCCACACCGCAGACCCCUCGAGGGCCUGUCUCUUCAUCCUGGCCGUGGACACGUUGGACAGGGACCAGCUCUCGGCUCAGUUUGUCCAGAACGUCAGGCUCCGAAUCCAGAGCCUGCCCACGUGGAACGAUGGCAGGAACCACCUCAUAUUCAACCUGUACUCUGGCACCUGGCCGGACUACACAGAGGACCUGGGCUUCGAGGUGGGCCAGGCCAUGUUGGCCAAGGCCAGCGCAGAUGUGGUCAACUUCAGACCCAACUUUGAUAUCUCCAUCCCUCUAUUCUCCAAGGAGCACCCGCUAAAAGGAGGGGGCAUGGGUUAUCUGACGCUCAACGAUGCACCGCCUUCCAGGAAGUACCUGCUGGUUUUCAAAGGGAAGCGAUACCUGACUGGCAUCGGUUCUGAGACGAGGAACGCUCUGUAUCACAUCCACAACGGGGAAGAUAUCAUUCUGCUGACCACAUGCAAACAUGGCAAGGACUGGGAGAAACACAAGGACUCUCGAUGCAACAGAGAUAAUGAAGAAUACUCAAA